AUGCAAGUUCUACAUAAAAAACGAAAACCAUGGUCUCCCCAAGAAAAAAAAAUUGCUUUGUCACUUUAUUAUAAAUCACCAUCCACUUACAAUUAUAUGCGUAAAAGUGGCAUUAUACUACCGGGGAAAAGCACUGUAAAGCGUUGGUUGAACUCAAUUCAUUUUUCCACUGGUUUUCCAUCUAUGUACAUGGAACAAAUUAAACUUAAAACCUCAGACUUUACGUACGAAGAAAAAAAGUGCGUUAUUUUAUUAGACGAAGUUUCUAUUAUGAAAUCUAUUGAGUACAAUAAAAUAUUAGAUGAAAUCGAAGGUUUUGAAGAUUUAGGGCCUCUGGGUCGAACGCCUACAUUUGGAACACAUGCUUUAGUGAUAAUGCUACGCGGACUAUAUAAAAAAUGGAAAUUUCCAUUUUGUUAUUUUUUUACGGGUAACGGAGUAAAAGGUGAUGAUUUAGUGAUAAUUAUAAAGAAAUGUGUGGAAAAAGUUAUGACUAGACUCAAUCUAAUACCGACCACUAUUGUUUGUGACCAAGGUACUCAAAACCAACGAAUGUUUAAAUUACUCGGUGGAACAGAAGAUAGGCCAUUUACCAUAAUAAAUGAAAAAAAAAUAUUUUUAAUUUAUGACAUGCCACAUUUAGUAAAAAGUAUAAGAAAUAAUCUGUUGUCCGGUAAUUUUGAAAUUAACAAUAACAUUGUAUCAUUCAAAGACAUUCGAAAAACUUACGAGACAGACAUAAAAAAUACUGCUCGGGCUAUGACCAAAAUAACGCCAGCGCACCUUGCUCCAAAUGCGUUCCAGAAAAUGACAUGUAAACUAGCGAUUCAGCUUUUUAGUAACUCUGUAUCGGCUGCUAUUAAAACGUGUGUCUCGACUGGUGAACUGAUAUCUGACACGGCAAUAAAUACGUCCAACUUCAUAAGCGUUAUAAAUGAUAUGUUCGACGCAGCAAAUAGUAAAAAUCUCUACGAUCGUAAUAUUAAUAAAAGGCCAAUAAGUGAUAAUAACACACAUGUACUCCAAAAUUUAGAGAAAGCUCGAUUGAUGUUUAAAAACGCAAAAAAAAUUAAUUUAAAAACAAAUAAAACCAGUGUUCCUCCUUGUUUCACCGGGAUAAUUUGGUCAACAACCGCCAUAAUGAAUCUAUUUCAAAGUGAAAAAGAAGAUAUUGAGCCAAUUUCAGCCUACAGGAAAAGAUUACUUUUUAAUGACAAACCGUCUCACACAAGAUGCGUUGGAAAAUUUUUUUUCAUUAAUGAGACAAAAAAAUGGAUAUAA